UCCAGACCCGGUUUCUAUUGUUUAAGGAGCGCGCACCGGAGAAGAGAUAGCGACGUGAUCGCGCAAAUAAUUGGCGGGGUCGCGCAUUGUUCAUAGAUUCACUAUAGAUUUUAAUGCAAUUUUUUUCAUUAGCUAAUUUAUUACUACAAAUAUUGUCACUGUAUCUCCAUCCAUAACUAUUGUGUGAUUACAGAGGUAUACUGAUUGUAUAUAUAUAUAUAUUACAUGCUGCAUAUGGUCACAUAUGUACUCUGACUUAUGGUACAUAUUAAUUAUUAUUAUCAUUGUGCUGCAUACACACUGUAGAGCACACAAGGUUUGAUACAAUGUGUCAGUCAAUAGGUGGGAAUGAGUAGAGUGACAAAUGAGUUGAAACAUUUGGGACCAGCACAGUGAGGGACACUAGUGUUUGGCGUAAUUUAUAGCAGUGAUUUAAAUCUGUCACAGACAUAGUAAUACACCCACCUUACAAAUACAGCAGGUCACAGUGACACAGUCAUGGAAUUUGAUUUUGAUGUGCACAAAAUCUUCCUGGAUCCGAUAACAAAGCUGGAUAACUCCCUGAUCCCAUCCCGACGGCCUCUGAUCUCCAGUUCAGAAGCUUUGAAGCAAAUUAUGACUGUGCUAGAUGAAAUUGGAAAGGCGUCCGCAAAGGCCCAGCGGUUACCAGCUCCUAUAACCAGUGCUUCUCGGAUGCAGACAAACCAGCAUAAUUUGUAUAUACUAAAGGACUGCACCCCGAAAACGGCUGGUCGUGGGGCAGUUAUUGGGUUCCUGAAAGUUGGCUACAAGAAGCUGUUUGUGCUGGAUAAAAAAGGCUCCCAUGUAGAAGCAGAACCGUUAUGCAUUCUGGAUUUUUAUAUACAUGAAUCUCUUCAGCGUAACGGAUUCGGGAAGGAGCUGUUUGGGUUCAUGCUAAGGACCGAGCAGGCCGAACCUCAGCAUCUCGCCAUCGACCGACCAUCAGAGAAAUUUCUCUCUUUCCUGAAAAAGCAUUAUAACCUGCGAUCAACCAUCCCCCAGGUUAAUAAUUUUGUUGUAUUUGAUGGUUUCUUCAAAGAUCGGAAAGCCCCAGGGAGAAAAUUACCAACCAAACGUGCUGAGGGAGAAAUCAAACCAUACUCUUUGUCUGAAAGAGAUUUUCUAAAGCAAGAGGAAGGUCUUCCUUGGCCCUUCAACCAAUCUCCGUCACCCCUUAACCGCGCAGGCAGCCUUGGCUCCUCCCCUACUCGUUCAUCUUUCCGACACAUGCCCGGGGAGGAGGACUUUGUUAAGUCCCUCAGAGUCUGCCGACCCCACUCUCUACACAGAGCAGCCAACGGAGAACAGGAUGAUACAUCCCAAAGGAGAAGAACCAGUGAGAUGAAUUUCUCGCGUGGUCUGAUGGCUCAGCGGAACUGUUACAGUCGCUAUGCAUCGCCGUCUCCCCCUGCUGGACAAGCGCCAGCAGAGGUUAAAGAGCAAAUAAGCAAGAAAGAGAACAGGAGCAACAAGGAGGUUAUCCCAGAAGACAUCCAGAAAUUGAACGGUUGUUUACCUAGUAAUCAUCAGCUGUCCAAUGUCCCCUCUGACCACAGGACAGGAGUAACAUUAGUCACAGCUCAAAAGACUGACGGCCAAAGCAGAUCACAUACACACGACGUUCCCAGAUCCCCAUGGGAAGAUCAGUAUUCAUGGACUGUGCCAGGUAUCAUGAUGAACGCUCAGUGGGUGAAACAGAAACAGGAGCUACGAGGCACACGGCCUUGGUGAUGGAAGGAAGAAGGAGAAGAAAAUAAAAAUGUAUUAAACUACCAGCAAAUGGGUUUAAACACAUAUUUAAAGUACCACUCAGGUGCUGCAGAGAACUGCUGGUCCAGAGUGUAUUUGGACGGUGAUUUGAGGUGCCCUGCUAAUUGAGUCACUGGUUGUUUCUGCUUGGGAUCCUGCAGGUCUAUGUGGCUCGCAAGACAUAUUUUAACUAUUUGUUUAACCCAAUCGCGUCACAUGUCCCUUUAACUUAGCAUUUUUUUCAUGGAAAGCGUAUAUAUAUAUAUCCAUAUACAUAUAUAUAGAUAUAUAUAUAUAUAUAAUUUUUUUAUUUAUUUUUUUAAUGGUGCUUUUCAUAUGUUUAAUAUAAAUAUGUAAUGUCCCUUUAAACUACAAUGCAAGUGUUUUUUAUAUGAAAAAAAGGGGUAGACUAAUAGGAAUUACAUGUUUUUGCACAACCGUUUCCUGGCUAAUAAGGACGACGAUUACCUCCUUGUUGGAUGAUGGAGACAAGUGUCCAAACAAUAUGUUAUAGGAAGGAUUUGCACAGAAACGUUCUUUUUUGUUAAACUAAACCUGCAAUACAUGGGGGGGGGGGGUGAUUUAGAUUUUUUAUUUAAAGGGGUGGAGGGAUUAUAGAAAUUGGAGAGAUUUGGCUGUUAAUAGGGGUAAGACCACAGCUGACAAUGUAUAUGUAUUCAGUUUAGCACUAAGGCACUUUUUUUGUACCACACACAGUUAUUUGUACAAGCAAUUAAAUUAGUAUUUUUAUACCAAAA